GAGUUGAAUCUGUUACGACAGAUCUUGGAAACAAUCAAGUUGUAGUAAAAGGAGUCGUUGAUCCAGAAAAGUUAGUGAGUGACGUGUACAAGAGAACCGGGAAGCAAGCUAUAGUAGUGAAGGAGGAAGAGAAGAAGGAAGAAGAGAAGAAAGAGGAAGAGAAAAAGGAGAAAGAAGAAGAAAAGAAAGGAAAUGAUCAAGAAGAAAGCAAAGGAGAAGAUGAUAAAACAACAACAGAAAUCAAGAAAAGUGAAUAUUUGCAUCCAAAGGACUAUAUCUAUAUGGAGUAUGCUAAUUAUCCCCCUCAGAUUUUCAGUGAUGAAAAUCCUCAUGCUUGCUCUGUCAUGUAACAUUUUCGGUUACUCUUCAUCAGUGGCGAAGUCAGAAAUUCUGACAACGAGAUCCAAAAAAAAACGAACCCCCCCCCCCCCAAACCCCAUUGCUACUCUUCAUGUCCAAUUUUCCAUAUGCUCUAGUCUAGUGUUAUAUAUGCUAGUAAUAAAGAUUUGGCAGUUUGAGAGAUUGAUCUCUUCAUCUUUUUUAAUAAUUAUGGGUUCUGGUGCUAAGGUGUAAAACAAGAUGUAUAUACUUCAAACUUUUGAGUUUAAUCAGAAGAUGAUUAUGGUGUUAAUGUUUA